AUGGAUCAACAUUUCCAGCACAUCAAACGAAUCUUCAAAGGGCAGGAUUACCCGAAAACAAUUUGCAUUUCUUACUCGCUAAAGAUGUUAACAUUCGGUAAGCAAGUAAGUGCCCUCUACCAACCCAUGCUGUUAGCGCAAUUAGCUUGCAGUCUUUCUAUGCUUUGUUUGACGGCUUUUGAGGCUACCUUAACAACGCAUGAUAUAUUUUUAUUUAUGAAAUUCGCCGUCUACGCUGUCUCGGUUAUGAUCCAAAUUUUAUAUUGGUGUUAUUAUGGAAACAGAGUAUCUCAUAUGUCAACAACAAUAAACGAGGCCAUCAUCAAAUGUAACUGGAUUGCUGCUGAUAACAGUUUCAAGAAAGAUCUCAUGUUCACGAUGAUGAGAGCCCAGAAACCUUUUCAGUUCAUGGUUUAUGGGUAUUUUCCAAUAUCAUACGACACAUUUAUUUCGGUUUUGAGUCGAUCAUACUCAUUGUUCACGUUGUUCAAAACAGUGAGUGAUUGA